CACAAAGUUUGAGUGUUCCCUUCGCGUGUGUGGCUAUGUGAAGGCCAAUGAAUCUGUGUGAUUACAGUGCCAAGUUAUGAGAGGGAAAUGGUUAGUUAUGCAUGCAGAACCUAUGUCUCUAGGAAGCAAUCCAACAUUAACCCUUGGAUGGUGUGGUGAAGCCAACUACAAAAUUGUCAGGGUUCCUGGACUGCAAUACCCCUAUUGACCAUGUGGGGCCCUCAGUGUUCUCGUUUGCCAGUCACAUGUUUGAGUCUUGUCUUUAUUGUGUCAUUAUGUUCACCUGAGCCUUGUUUGCCUGUCUAUUUAAGCUUCCUGAUUUUCUGUGUCUUUGCUCAAUCUUGAUUUGACACCCUGUGACGACUUUGCAAAAGAGCUUUGUUACCUGUUUUUGGAUACCUUUUUUUUUUAAACUUUUUUAAUUUUUUUUUAUUUAUAUAACUGUAACUGCCUGGACGAGUUUCCUUGCCUGGAUGUAUUCUGAGUUUUUUUUGCCCUCUUUUUGGAUACUUGUGCCUGAUUCAAGUAAAGACUUUUUGACUUGAACAAAUCUCUACUGAACUUCUCCUUGUAUCACCGAGUAUCUAACAACUCCAGAUGAGGACCAUUUUCUGCAUUAUUUUCAGUCUGUUUUACGGUGUGGCCAAGUGAUCCAGUCCUGAGUUGGACUUUCACCUUAACAGCCAGGAGCACUCAACAAUCAUGACUGAGAGAUUUGCUAAGAUGAGGACCAUUUUCUGCAUUAUUUUCACUCUGCUUUACGGUGCAUCCUCAAAAACCAUCAAUGUUGCCACAAAUGGAAAAGUGACAUUACAGCCCCAUGUUGAAGGAGAGAUAGAAAACAUUGUGUGGAUGCAUGAUGGGGACAAGAUGGUGGACUGGGACAAUAAGGCUGUAAACGUCAGAGAAUAUUUAAAAUUCAAGGGGCGGAUUAAGUUGGACGUAAAAACUGGGGAUGCAACUAUUAUAAAUCUGGCCAAAGAUGACAGUGGAUUGUAUGAGGCUGUAGUGAUAAUACAAGGACGGAUCAUCAGCAUAAAGCACAGAGUUAAAGUAACUGACCCUGUCACCAAAGCAAAGGUCACCUGCCCAAGCAAUGCAACACUUCACUGUGAAGCAGAGGGUGACUCUCUGGACUACAGCUGGUCUGGGCCUGGACUAAAGACUGCAGAGAUGAGGGGCCAGACUGGACCACAGAUCAGUAAGGAGAACCAGGACUCAGUCUACACCUGUGUGGUGAGCAACCCAGUUAGUGACAGCAGUGUGACCUACCAUGCCAGUGACUGCUUUACCUCAGGAGAUCAUCAGCUCAUCCUAGGUGUAGUGUGUGCUGUUGCUGUUAUUGGAGUCAUUGGUGCUGCUGCUGGGUUGGUCUAUUACUGCUACAAGAUCAACUCAAGAGGGCAGAGACACACUGGAAAUGAGAUCAAACAUGAGACGGAUGGAAAGAUUAUAACCAACCAAAAGAAGGAAGAGAGUGUACUAUUGCUCACUGGAAAACAUCAAGCUUCAUCUUGUGCAGUAACACAAAAUACCUGUGACCAAUCCUUAAACUCAAUUGAACCUACAGGUAAAAGGCUAGAGGAGAGUGUGAAUGUAGGAGACAAUUCAAGUGGAAAAUCAAUUAUAACAGGCAGUCAAGCUACUCACACAGCAGCAACAAAUACCUGUGACGGGUCUUCAGACGCUGAGGAUAGAGUUACAGGUGAUGUUCAAGAGGACAAAAUGGAUACCACUGUAAGGCUCAGCAAUGAUGACGUCACCAAUAUACCGACACAAGAAGGGCAGAAAGAGAGAAUAGGGGAAGGGGGGAGUUUAGAUGGACAAUCAACAAAUUCAGUUCAGGAUGAACCUGCUGUUCAUGAUGGAAUGAAGCAGCAUGAAGAAGUGAACAACAAUCCCACAGCUGUAAAGAGUUAUUUAAGAGGAGUCCUGCUAAAUAUAUUUGAUACCAGUAUUACAAUGAACCCAAAAGCUUGUAAUUUGAUCAAGAAUGACCCGGGCCCCUUUACGCAAUUAGACUCUGCACCAAGGUCUGAUGAGAGUGCUAAGCCUUCCCCAACAGUUGUAACAUGCCCACAUGCCGAUUCCUCCUCUGGAUCUCCCAGACAGUCCAGAUACACUGAUGCUGUUAGAGAUGCAAAUAAGUGUUCAGGUAACAUGAAUAUGGAGGGGACCUGUGAAUAUGAGAGAGGAACAAACACAGUAACAGAGGAACAGAACCAAACCGCCGACCCGUCACUCUCUGGAUCAGCAGGAAGCAUCAGGAAUGAUGACAUCAUCAACACAUUACCACAUGGAGGGCAGGAAGAGGGAAUGCAGGUUGACGAUACACACUUCAAAAGUGAAUGA